CCGAGGGAGUAUUAAAUAACUCUCUCCACUCUCUUGUUCUAAUCCAAAGUUGAUUCUGUUUUCCCAGAGAGUCUCGAGAGAAAUACAUUCUUGAGAGAGAUGAGUUUAUCUUCCGAAGACAAUGACAUCGUGAUAAUCGGUGCCGGGAUCGUUGGCCUUGCUACCGCCCUUGCCCUUCACAGGAAGGGUAUUGGUAGUGUAGUUCUGGAAAAAGCUGAGAGUCUGCGGGCCACGGGAGCUGCAAUCGGCAUCCAAACAAACGGCUGGCGCGCACUUGAUCAGCUGGGCGUGGGGCCCGCUCUUCGAGAAAAAGCUGUUCGUUUACAAGCGUUAAGAGAGGUUUUCCUCGACAACGGGCAGACACGAGAAGCACGGCUAGGGAAAGAAGAGGGACGCUACUUGUUGAGGAGUGAUCUCCUCCAAGCACUUUUUGAUGGCCUACCGGCUGGAACGGUCCGCUUCGGCUGCCACAUCGUCAAGGUCAAAACAGAUCCAGUAACUUCACACUCCACUCUUCAAUUCCAUGAUGGGAAUGUGGCCAUUGCUAAGAUUUUAAUUGGCUGCGACGGAGUAAACUCUAUAGUAGGGGAAUCACUCAAGCUAAAGCCCACCAGAGAUGCCCCUACGGGUGCACUGAGGGGUCUUGCAAAUUACCCAAACGGUCAUGGAUUUGGCAAUGAUUACGUCCGCAUAAAGAAAGGAUCUGUUCUCGUAGGGAGAAUUCCUGUCGACCACAAAAGCGUCUAUUGGUUUGUUGCUCGGCCACGGCUUCCUGGAGAUUCUGAAAUCUUAGGAAAGCCCGAGCUCAUCAGACAAGAAGCACUGAAAGAAAUGGAGGGAUACCCACAAGAAUUAACGGAAAUGGUGGAGAAGAGUGACGACUCUGCCUUAACGUUCACCAAGAUAAGUUACAGAGCACCAUGGGAUCUAUUACUAGGAAACUUCCGAAGAGGAACAGCGACCGUGGCAGGGGAUGCCAUGCACGUGAUGGGCCCGUUCCUCGGGCAAGGUGGUGCAGCUGGCCUAGAAGAUGCGAUUGUGCUUGCAAGAUGCUUGGCGAAAGAACUGUGCAUGAGGCCCAAUGGAGAUUAUGAUGGGAGGCAGCUAGUUAAUAAAGUUGGAAAGGCACUUGAUGAAUACGUGGAAGAAAGAAGGAUGAGGGUGGCAAGAUUGUCAUUGCAGACAUACCUUACUGGAAUUUUGGUGGCAACCUCAUCCAUGUUUGUGACUCGAUUGAUUUUCCUUGUGUUACGGAUUUUAUUUCGUGGCUCAUUCAGCCAUGCUCAAUAUGACUGUGGCCGCCUCUGAAAUCCUGGGGUUCCAAUACAAUAAGCCUUGCUUUCGUAGUAGAGUGCUACUCAUGCCAGUAGGAUUUUCCAGUGUGGCGGCACACGUGCACCAGAAAAUCAGGCAGGUUCGCUCAUUUGGUGGGACACACAAUGGGUGACUGAAAAACUUUGAGAAACGGUCUUUAUUCUCUAUACAAGCGUAGCACACCUGAUGAGCACCCGAGUCUUUCUUUUUUCCAUGGCAUAUACACAGUGGGACCCACCUAAUUAAUGUCCUGGAUCACAUGCACACCACACUGUCAUAUGUCCUGCUCCUAUGGUAGACAUUGCAUUUCUCUUCAUCGUAUCUAUGUUCUUCUACUACCAUCUUCAUAGGUUUCCUGGUCUAGAAGGAAUGUGUCGAAGGCAAUGUUGGAGGAUAUGUUUUGUCUAGCAUUCAUAUUAGUGUGUUUUAUUCAGUGACUUUCUAGACUACUCAUCUGUUGAUAAACUUCUAGCUUGAUCUUUCCAGCAAUUUUCAUAGGUUGCUUCAAUUAUUUUUUUUUAAUUUUUUUU